AAAGCCCAGAGCCGAGUCGGAGCCGGGCGGACAGAAUGGGCGCCGGGGUCGGCUCACGCGCACACGGGCACGCACGCGGGCGCCCAGACCGGCGGCGAGCGGGGGCAGUAGCCCGGGGAAGGAAGCCGGGGGGGGGGGGAGCGCUGGGGGGCGCCGGAAGGACAGAAAGCCCCUCUGCGGGGAGAGGCCCGGCCUAGAGGCUGUCCCCGGUGCUGAUCCCCAGGCCGGGCACGUCGGUGCCCCCAGCGAGGAGGGGUCGGGCCCCGCAGCCCCAGCCUCAGUUCCCGUGACCUGGCGGGCCUCCUUUCCCCCGCAGCAGACAGACGCUAAUGCGCCCUCAGUCCCUCCUUCCUAGGCUGGGGGGGAGGGGGGAGGAGAGAGAACGAAUCUAAAAGGCUGGGCGGACUUCCCACAGCUCCAGAGCUGCCUGGUUUUAUUACGAAGGAGUAGGGGACCGCCAGCGGUUAUUACAAAGGAGGAAACUGAGGCCCUGGGGAGGGCCAGUUUCCUUUCCAACUCGAGCCCGUUCCUCCGAACGGGCUUCCCGGGUCUCGAGCCGACAACUGGGCAGGAACAGGGCUCCCCGCCUGGCAGAGGCUCCUGGGUCAGGAGCCCAACCCCCUUGUUUUUACCUCGGGGUUAGUGGAGGAAUAAGAGACGGAGAGGCCGGCUCUAACCCCCUCGGGGGCCAACUGCGGGGCCGAAUUUGAACUCGGGUUCUCUCCGCUGACCCCACGGCGGCGCGAUGCCGCCUCACUGCCCCGGAGCCUCUCCCAGCUUCGUUUAGCGCCGAUAGAUUAAUUAUGCUCCAGGCUUCGGUCUGGGAAGGAAGCCUCGGGCCUUCUGUGGACUGAAUGGGCGCAGUUCGGACUCCGGGUCUCUUUUUCCUAAGCGUCAGAGCUCUGCCCUGAGGUCUGGGGAGGUGAGACAGCCAAAGAGGGGAGAGGCCGGAUGGCUCAAGAGUUGGUGCCCUUAGCUCCCGGCCAGAUUGCCUGCUGGGGGAGAACCUGCAGACACUGGCCAAUCCAGGUGAGAGCCCCCUCCCCCAAUCCAAAAUCCCUCUAGUUACAACCCGAGAUGGCCUUCCCCAUUGCCAAACGGCUGGAUUACUCCAGAAGGAAGAACCACCAAUGCAUGGUCUCUAACUUCUGCUCCUAAUCCCGGGGAGUAGGAUUUACUUCAGGGGUUCCAGCUCCAUCUUUUGCACCAUAUUCCCAGAGUGCAAUGCCUGGCAAACAGCAGGCGCUUAAUAAGUACUUGUUGAAGUGGCCUGCCCUUGAUUGUUCCAUUCUACCAUUGGCCCCCAGCUGAUUGCUUCUAAUUUUCAAAUCCAGGCUCCCCAGACCCACUAUUAAGCUGGGGAACAAGGGGACGGAUUCUCGAGCUAGAGUGAGAAAGGAUCUGCAGGACCCCUCCCCUAACUCUCAUUAUAGGGAGCAGGGAGAGGGCCGGGGAGAUUCAGUGACUUGCCCAAGAGGGUCCCGAGACCAAGCGCUCUUUCCCCACUGCUGUUCAGGAGGGCGGUUCCUGGCACACGCACUCGAGGACUUCUCUCCCGGUGUGGGAGCAAAGAGCCGAGACUUCUGCCUGCCUUCCCCACGCGGGAGGGAGGCAGGAUGGGGCCCCUGGCCCAGGAAGGAGCCACGGAGGGGAUCCGGGGCCUGUCGUCACAUCCAGAAGCAGAGGCUCCUGCAGUGUCCUUGCUGGCCUAAGGGGGGCCCAUGUCGGAGCCAGGACUUGAGCCACUCCAUUGUCCACUUGCCAGCUGGGGGAUUUCAGCCCUUUCUGGACUUAGCUGGGGGUGGGGGUGGGGCAGGAUUUCGGGAUCUCAAUGGGGAGGGACGGUCAGGGGAAGUCCCUCCCCCCAGAUACUGAACACGGUGAUCACAACUUCACUGGCUUUCCAAAUGAGCCACCAUCAGUUCUAUGGCCUCAUUCACUUCCUCCCUACCCAGACCAAACACCGGAGCCCGAUCCCGGGUCCUCCCAACUCCAGUUGGAGCGGAAGCUUCUGGAGGGCAGGGACGACUCUGCUCUUGCACUGGGACCCCCAGAUCCGGGCCUGCCCGACCCCAAUUCAUUGCUUAGUAAAUGUCUGUGAACUGCUCAGCGAGGGACUUGUUUUUCAAUUCAAUCCAGUUUGAGGCAGAGGCAGGUGGUGCUGGGGAAGGAUGGGCCUGGAGUCCCGGAGGCCUGUUCCCACUGGGGUAGUCUUGCUUUCCUCCCUUCCAUGACCUCUGUGGUCUCUUCCAGCUUGAGUCUCUGCUCACAUAAACUUUAUUUUUUUAUUAUGGCUUUUUAUUGACAGAACAUAUGCAUGGGCAAUUUUUCAACAUUGACCCUCCAUCACUUCUGUUCCAAUUUCCCCCUCCUUCCCCCCCCCCCAAGGCAGGCAGUCCCAUACAUGUUAGACCACAUGAGAUUUAGCAUGAUGGAGAGGCGGGGAGGCCUGGGGUCAGAUGACCUUGAACAGCUCCCAACUCCCAGUCUUCCCCUCCAUGAAGGGAGUGGGGUUGGACCCGCCGGGCUUAUUGCUCUAAAUCUGUGAUCUGAGAUACCCGAGCUGCUGUUCUGGAGUUCUUGGAACCCUUUCGCGAUGGCCCGGCUUCUAGUUCCCUCCCCGCAUCCCAGGAUUCCCUGCACAUGUUCCCGCAGCCUGUUCACUCAUUUCAGACUCCGUCCAGCAAAAGGAAGGUUCCCUCGGGUGAAAGGGUCCCUUGGGCUUUUUAACCAGGACCCGACAUAAGCAUCGGCUACACCGGCUUUGUGGGCGCUGGCCACCAAGGGACUUAGGGGGACUGCUUUCCCUCUCGGGGAAAAAGAGAAACGGACCUGGGUUCAAGUGCCAGCUGAGACACCUGGGGAUCCCUGGGGGAGACCCGUUUUCUCCGCUGUAAAAGUUACCCUGCAAAGUCCCCACUUCUCAGGUUGUUGUAAAGAGCUGGCUCGGGCUAUGGAAGCGCAGAUGAGCCUUUUUUUUUUUUUUUUUUCCAGGAAAGCGUCUUUUCAUACAAAAGAAUCCCGGCAAGACAGAGGCGGCCAUCAGAGAAUGGGCCAGCCAUGUAAGGGGCCUAGAUUGGAACAUAAGGAGCAGUCCUCUGCUGAGUUAGGGCCCCCCGGGCAGGAGAGGCUUUGCACCCGCAGUCUGGGAAAGGAGGACCAAAGGCGGGGAGCUAGUGGAUCAGGGAUCCACGCCAGGGGGCUGCGAGGGCCGCUGGUUCAACCACCCCCCUCGUCUUACAGAGGGGGAAACUGAGGCCCAGGGAGGCGGGCCACUGGUCCCACUACAAAGAAUAAGGGGGCAGCAGAGGGGAGGUAAGGCCCGGCUCCCUUCCCACCCCGGUCUGAUCUUCUCGAGAUCUGCCUCCGAGCCUGUUCCAAGCUAACCUGCGAACCGGACCCAGGAGGGCUUGGGGGAGGGGCGGGGGUGUCCGAGGAGCGCCCAGGAAGAUGCGGUGGUCUGACGGCUGGGCCGGGCGGAGCCCCGCUUCGGCCGAGCGUUGGGAUUAGGAAAGGGGCGCCGGGUCUGGGGCCGGCGUCCGCCUCCCACCCCAUCCUCUCCCAGCCGCAUAAAGGGGGCCCCAGUGUUGGCCAACAAGCCGGGGGAGGGGGGAGGGGGGGGUCGGCGGCAGGCGGCAGAGGUCCCGGGCUGGCAGGAGCUCCACCUCCAGGCUCGGCUCCACCCUCCCCCCUCAUUCAAGGACUGGAAUAAAGGGAACGGGCAGCGGGAGGUGGCGCAGGAAAACAAAGCUUUCCGACUGGGGCCUCCUAAUUACCCCGGGAGCGGGCGGCGGCGGCGCUGCAGUCCCAAACAGGGAGGGGGGGGCGCCGGCGUGAGGGCGUCCCAUCCAGGGAGGGGGGGCCGCCGGCGUGAGGGCUGUCCCAUAUGGGGGGGCGCCGGCGUGAGGGCUGUCCCAUAUGGGGGGGCGCCGGCGUGAGGGCGUCCCAUCCAGGGAGGGGGGCCGCCCGCGUGAGGGCUGUCCCAUAUGGGGGGGCGCCGGCGUGAGGGCGUCCCAUCCAGGGAGGGGGGCCGGAGAGAAUUCCUGCUUGCCCAAGGGUCUGAGGAAAAGCCUCUGCACACGGAGGGUCAGGUUUCUAGGGGUCCAUUUUGGGGAGGAGUGUGACACAUUCGUAGCGGGACCCCGAGGUCACAGAAACCAAUCUUAUUGAGCAAAGGACGAAACCGAACUUCUAGGGAAGGAGGUGAUACGUCAGAAGCAGGUUUCGAAUCCAGAUCCUCGAACAACAGCGAGGGGGGUGGGGGGAGCAGGUCCCUGGCCCUUAAGCCUCUGUACGCCGCCCCAGUACGAUGAAUAGAACUCAGGGAGCGAGGGCGACCUGGCAAAGGGGAGGCGGGCGAGGGAGCACGGAAAGAGCCCCGGACUCAGCCACCCUUGUGCCCCUCCCCCCCUCCCGCUCUGUUUUCUGGAGCUGUAUUCCCACCUCCUUCCCAACCUGACCCAGGGAAAAUGGGGAGAAGAUCGGAGCAGCCUUCGGGGGCUACUGUGGAAGGGGAGGGGGGAAAGGACAAAGAGAACCAGGGGGAGAAAGGGGAAAGAGACACAGAGGGGGAGAGAGGGAGAAAAGAGAGGCGGGAGAGCCAGAGAAACAGAGAGGCGGGAGAGAGUGAGAGGGAGGCAGAAAGAGACAAGAGAAAGAGAGAGGGGGAGGGAGGGGAGAAGGAAAGGGAAGAGAGGCGGGAAGAAAGAGAGGGAGGGAGGAAGAAAGAACCAGACGGAAGAGAAAGAGACAGAAGGGGAGAGAGGAGACAGGGAGAGGGUGGGGAGAACGGGAGAAAGAGAGGAGAGAAGAGGGAGGAAGAGACAGGCAGAAGGAAGGGGGAGGGAAAAAGUCACAGAAGGGAGAGAGGAGAGGAGAGUGGAGAGGAAGAAAAAAAGAAGGGGAAGGAGAGCGAGGGUGAAGAGAGAGAGAGAAAGGAAAAAGAGGAGAGGAGGAGGGAGGGAGGGAAAAAGAGAAAGAGACAGACCCAGAGAGAAAGGGAAGAGGGAGAGACAAAGAGACCCAGAGGAGAGACAGCCCUCCCCUUUUCGGCUCCCGCGGGUUGUUCUCCGCCCCUCCCCGCGCCGGUCUUCCGCGCCCCCCACCCUAAUCUCAUCUAUUUCCCGCGCUUAGAGUCCCCCCACCCCACCCCCAACCUUGUUGCUGGGGAAAGAAGUCCGUGGCGGGGUUGCCUCCCGUGGGUGUGGAGCCCUGCCUCUUUCCUCUUUCCCCGCACCUGCCGAAAGAGGACUAACGGGUCUCGUGGGUGCCCGCGUGUGUGUGACAGGACCGAGGGGGUGCCCCGAUUGAUUGGGUGGGCUGGUCCUCGAGUGGGACCCCUUCCGUGGCUGCCGUGGGAGAGUUGCUAUUUGGGUCUGUGCGCAGCUCCACACGUCCGGUGGGUCUGGACUGUGCCCGAGUGGCACACGCACUAGCAGCGUGUCUGUGCACCCGGGUACACUCGUGGGUGCUCGGAUUAGGUGUGUGCACACCAGAGAGUAAACGCUCUAGCGUGGGCACCAUCUUAUCCCUGUGUGCGUGGGGAAGGAGGCGACUUCUCCUCUGGCUUCUGGGGCGGGGAGUUUUCCCUCAGUUUCCACCUUUCUCCCAAGAUGUUUACCAGCGCGUUCCUGAGAGGGAAAGUCCCGUUCCCCAAGGGGCCUCAGCGGCCAAUGUGCGUGCCCGGCCGGGCGUGGGCUGGGGCUUUGUGUUUGUACGUGGGGGGUAAGUGGGGGUUUGUACGUGUCGAGUGGGGGACGCCUUGGACUAGAAUAGCCCCUCUCCUCCGUGUGCACGUGGCGUGGGAGGUGAGGCGAGUUAAAGUGAGGUUACAAGGUUCGAGCCCCAAAUGAAAUGUGCAGGAGAUGACCGCUCCGUGGCCCCAUCAGGGCCACUGGAAUAAUUACUAGUAAUCACCCUCAUUGCAACGGUCAUUAGGGUUACUAGGAGAACACUGGGGGUGAAACACGCCACUCUCGCCAUCACGGAUCGUUCACUUUCGACCCCUUCCUCCGGCUAGCUCCAGUUUCCGAGUCUUCCUUAUUACCAGUUCAUGGCCCAUGUCUGAUGGACAUCACAACUAGCCAAUUCUAGGGCGCAAAGCGUCAACUCUGUGUUCGCCCGCCAACCUGAACCAAUAGAUACGGAUAUCGCAAAAGUCCCGCCUUCCGCGUCGGGCGCCCCCUUCUGGCCGCUUGGGCCGGACCGGCUCGAUCGCCAUCUUGGAUGUGGCAUGAAUUCCUCUCUGUCUAAGCCUUUGGGAGACCUCGGGACUCCGCCCCGAACCCCGGCCAUGGCCCCGAUCCUGUCGAGCGGUCUAGGAUCCGAGGCGUUCACCUGCUUGGCAAGAUCUCGGUACCCCAGGUGGCCUGAGGUCGAAAAGCGCUCGAUAACCCAGCUGCCGCCAUAUUGGGAGUGGCGUCUUCCCGGCUCUCUUCGGCGCCCCCACCACCACCCCCCCGCGUUCGUGGCCGUGGCCGUGACCGUGGGUGUGGGGUCUCUUUAAUACAGUCCUCUCAAAUUCUAUUUCUACAGAGGGGGCUGCCCCUCAAAUUCUCGCCCCUCCUACUCGAAGCGGACAAGGGCUUAUGAAAAUAGGACUAAUUAAUGUGAUAAUUACUCAUUAGCAAGGAGGCAGCCCCGGAACCAACCUUGGUGGGAAGGGGGAAUGGAGAAUUAAUAAGCCCACGGAGAUUGAUAGGGGCUCGAGCGUGGAGGGGGCACACGAUGGAUCCAGACGGGAGUGGGAGUGGGUAAAAGACUCGGGCAGACCCGUCAGCCCCGGUGGGCUCGGUUAGGUCCAGGGUGCUCCAGAGUUUGGGGGGAGGGGCGUGAGAGCCUCUGUUCUCUUGGGCACCCACCCAUCGGUGGGAUGCACUCAAUCUCCUUUGGGGAGGAGUGGCGUGAUUACCCCAGCAAUUGUCAGCACGAGUGGGCAUAAAAUCUUAAGUGUGGGUGCUCUGGGACCUUCGUGGGGCCAGAGCUCGGGGAAGGGUCUGGGGGCGGCGCGUUGGAGUAUGCCCCAGUGCCCUCUGAUGGUGGAUGCCCUGCCUCUGCGUGCACUCCUGAGCCUGUGCCCUAUAGGACCCGAGGGGAGCUACUUCCCUCCCCCACUCUGUGCUUCAGUCCUCCCCACUCAAAGAUGCUUUCUCUCCAAGCCAGCCUCCCUCUUUCUAUUCCUCUUUCUUGCUUUUUUCCUCCCCUUUCCUGACUCUCCUCUCUCCUCCCGCUCCCCUCUCUCUUUUCUAAUCCCGCUAACUUUCCCUUUUCCUUUCUCUCCCACUCUUUCCCUCCCUCUCUCCCUCCUCCCCUCGGUCCUCCCCCUUCUUGCUCUCUUCUUCCCUUCUCCCUCACUGCUCUCCUCUCCUCCUCUCCCUCCUCUCCUCCCCCUCCUACUCUCUCCUCUCUUCCCCCCUCCCAGCUCCAUCCCUCCUCCCCUCCCUCCUCUCUCCUUUUUCCUCUCUCCUCCCUCCCUGCUGUCUCCCUCCUUUCCCUCUCUUUUCUUCCCCUCCCCCUUCCUUCUUUCUCCCUCUCCCCCUCUCCCUCCUCUCUUCCCUCUCUUCUCCCUCCCUUGCCCUAUUUCCCUCUCCCUCCUCCCUCUCCUCCUCCUCCUCCUUUCCCGCCCCUCCUCCUCCUUCUUUCCCCCUCCCCCCUCCCCCCCAGAGGCAGGAGCAGUUUUACCGCGUUUUGCCUUUCAGGGGCAGCAGUUAGAGCAAAACAGAGGAGGCAGACACCGCGCAUGCGUCCCCUUCCCACCCCCACCCCCCCGGCCCCCCUCCGGCGUAACUCGAAUCUCGAAUGACAGAGCUGGGAGCGGCUGCGCCCGCACUGGCCGAGGAGCGGUACUGCCGCUUUAAGCACGCUCGCCCAUUGUUCGAGCCCGAGCCAAUGGCGGAGCGCACG